AACUUGAGGCCAUUCGAUCUAUUUUCACUCCUUUCUUCUAACUUCGUCCUCGCCCUUUGUCCACUCUUCAUUUCGGUCGAGGAGAACGGAGAAUUGAAGCAGGAAAAGGUCAGCUGAUCGGUUGGAAGAUGGUCUGUGUGGAUACGCAUCUCUUCUCCCUCCCCAAAGUUCUUGUUUUUCUGUGAAUUUUUCGCUUCCUAGCGGUGCUUGGGGAAGAUGGGCGUGGGAGUGUCGAGCGUCAUGGGGCCGGAAGGUGAGGCGGGCGGCCUCCCGACGGGGCUGGGGGAUCUCCCGGAGAACUGCGUCGCGGCGGUUCUUGCCUACCUUGAGCCGCUGGAAAUCUGCCGGGCGGCCCGGCUCAGCCGGACAUUUCGGGGGGCGUCCUCCUCGGACUCGGUGUGGGAGACGAAGCUCCCGAGGAAUUACCGGCAUCUGUUGGCGCUGGCCACGGAUGAGGAAAACCCUUACAAAAAGAGCCGUCUUUGCAAGAAAGAGAUCUAUGCGCGGCUGUGUCGUCCGGUUCCCUUGGAUGGGGGUACCAAGGAAUUUUGGCUUGAGAGGACCAGCGGUGGAAUCUGUAUGUCAAUUUCCUCGAGGGCUUUGCUGAUAACAGGGAUUGAUGAUCGGAGAUACUGGAGCUAUCUCACUACAGAGGAAUCUGGAUUCCACUCGGUAGCUUACCUUCAUCAAACUUGGUGGUUUGAGGUAGAUGGAGAAGUUGACUUUUGCUUCCCAGCUGGUUCCUACAGCCUCUUCUUCCGCCUCCAUUUAGGGCGUGCCACCAAGCGACUCGGUCGUCGAAUAUGCAUCACUGAACACAUACAUGGGUGGGACAUAAAGCCGGUGCGGUUUCAGCUGUCCACUUCAGAUGGUCAACUUGCUCAAUCCAAGUGUUACCUAGAUAAGAUUGGGAGCUGGAUCCUAUACCAUGCAGGUGAUUUCGUCGUAGAGAACUCUGAUGUGCCGACCAACCUCAAGUUCUCGAUGAAGCAGAUCGACUGCACACACACAAAAGGCGGCCUUUGUGUUGAUUCUGUCUUCAUCUAUCCCAAAGGUUUUAGACAAGGAAAAAUCUUUGCCGCUGACCUGAUGACAUAGAAUAGAUCAAGCAGUCGUUACUGAAUUAGAAGAUACCAGCAGUAGAGCUUAGUGGUUUUGCUCUCUUGUAAGCAAUUGAGUGCAAAUAAUGUACAUAUUUGUGUCAGGAACUUCAUGGACUCUCAGAAGUUCCUGAAUGAAGCUUUUGAAUGGGUGUGUAUGAUUUCUUGAGAUCAAAUUUUCGAAAAGUUGGAAAAACUUGAACUUGA